CGGCAAGCGUUCCGCUCAGUCAAACCUCAGUCGAAUUAGUGUCCAGUCGCAAAGAUGUCCAACUCCAUCGGUCGUCCCGUCGUAGUUUGCGUCGCGUUUGCGUUCAUCGUUUGGACCCAUGGAGCCACAAUUGGCCGGGAGCGUCCUUACGAUGAUGAUCCUUACUUUCCGAAGGAUUUGGACGGAACCAACACAACGCGGGAUCUAACGGUCGUUCAGAAAUGGAGCAAAUCCUUGCUCACCUACGCUAUCGUCAACUAUCCCAGAGGAAUGCCCGAAGGCACCGUCAGAUCAACCAUCAGGACUGCGUUCGAUGCGUGGAGCCGAGUGACCAAUUUGGACUUUGUGGAAAGAGCCAGCUCGGCUGAAGUGGACAUACAGGUGGCUUUCGAGGGGAUGAAUCACUAUCGCAGAGGCGUACCGUGUCAAUACAAUCACGAAAAUACGCUUGCUCAUGCCUUUUUCCCCGAGCUUGGGGAUAUCCACUUCAAUACCUUGCAUUUCUUUAACGGUGAAACGUCGCGGGAGGAAUUCCUCAACACGGCAGUGCACGAAAUUGGCCACUCGCUAGGGCUGCUGCAUUCCGCAUCGCGAUCAUCUAUAAUGUACGGGGCACAACUUAGCAGUAAUUUACUAGUGGAACCGCAACCUGAGGAUAUAGAGGCAAUUCAAGCGAUUUACGGAGUACGUUCGGGCCCUCCUUCCACAACACAACUGCCACUUACCACAACCCGACCUCGACCUGCGCCACCAACCACCAAACCCCGCACGAAAACCAACCUUUGCGCACUAUCGUCCUUCGACACGAUCGUUCUGGACCACCGGGGCAACAUCUGCGUCCUGGCAGGGCAAUAUUACUACAAUCUCAAUGAAACUAAUCCUCCGCCGAGGAAACUCGCUGCCAAGUGGCCCGGUCUUCCCCGGAAAGUUCAAGCGGCCAUCACCUAUCGGGACCAGAAAACCUACUUCUACAAAGACGAUCAAUACUGGAAGUACGAUAAACUCCGCCUGGAAAAAGGCUACCCUCGGCCAAUUGCGAAAAGUUUCCCGGGAAUCCCCACCGAUGGAUUGGACGGCUUGCUCACCGUCAAGUCGGGUGGGUUUUUGGCUUUCAAGGGUCCUCAGUACUGGUUCUAUGACGUCAGCAAAUCCAAACCGGUCGAGUGGUACUAUCCUAAGCGAACGACGAGCGAUUUUGCCGGGUUGCCUACCGAAGUGGAUGCGGGACUAAUGACCACCGCGGGAAGACGGUUCGUGUUCAGCGCAAUGAGAUAUUACGAACUGAAUGACAAGGACAGGGUGAUAUUGCGCGAUGGAGAUGUGCGGAGAGAUUGGUUCAAUUGCUAGAGCGAAUGAGUUGGGUGUGGGAAGAGUUAAUUCUAGUCAAUUUAAUGUAAAUAAUUAUGUGAAUGAAUGAUUUUGAUAAAAGUUUUAAUGCAGUAAAAACGUUUGAAUGUUAUGUCUGGUGAAAUCAAUCAA